GGAGGGCGACGCAGGGGCGGGCGGCGGCGGCGGCGGCGGCUUCCAGCGGCUUCGGCGGCCGGUCACAGCUUUGUGGUUAAAGAGCCACGGCACCGAACGGAGACGUCCUCCUGCACCAGCUGGGGCCAUCUCGCCUCCGGGAGAAGAACCGCUCUUCAUCCAACUCCUCCUCAGCAUGCUCGGGCAGCCCAAAUAUCCCCCAGGCCCUCCCUGCGCUGCUGCAAGCUCAAGCUCACCGCUGCGACGUGUCCCCAAGGUCCACCUCGUCCCCCUCUGAGCGUCCCCGUGGCUCGUGGAUGCUCCAGCCCCCCAAAAAGGCAUCAGAGCAGCAGCACCAGGGGCCGCGACGGCACCAGCGGUGCCGAGCAGCUGAGCAAGGGGAUUUAAGACCGCGAGGACCUUGUGGGUGCCAAGGACAUCGCCUUGUCCCUGCGACAGCCCUCGGUGGGCACCUAAGAAGGGAUGGGGCAUCCCUCUACCUUCACCACCCUGUUGCCCUCUCCCUUGCUGGCUUCUUGGGUGCGUGGGGAGCCCAUAGAGAUGUGAGCGGGGCCCUGCAGCUCGAGAGCCCCCAGCACCCGCCCCGCCGGGCGCCUCCAGCACCCUCUCCUGCCUGCCCCAUCUCGCCAUGAUGUGCGAGGUGAUGCCCACCAUCAGCGAGGGGGACCCCCUGGGCCCCCCCCAGGGCUCCGAGGCGGAUGCCGACUUCGAGCAGCUGAUGGUGAACAUGCUGGAUGAGAGGGACAAGCUGCUGGACACCCUGCGGGAGACCCGCGAGACGCUCUCCGUCACCCAGAGCCGCUUGCAGGAGGCCCUCCGGGAGCGGGACCAGCUCCAGAGGCAGCUCAACUCUGCCCUCCCGCAGGAGUUCGCCACGCUGACGCGGGAGCUCAGCGCGUGCCGAGAGCAGCUCCUGGAGAGGGAGGAGGAGAUCUCAGAGCUGAAAGCUGAGCGCAACAACACCCGGCUCCUGCUGGAGCACCUGGAGUGCCUGGUGUCGAGGCAUGAGCGGUCCCUGAGGAUGACCGUGGUCAAGCGUCAGGCCCAGUCGCCGUCUGGGGUUUCCAGUGAGGUCGAGGUGCUCAAGGCACUCAAGUCACUCUUUGAGCAUCACAAGGCGCUAGAUGAAAAGGUCAGGGAGCGCUUGCGAGCAUCCUUAGAGCGAGUGGCGACCUUGGAGGAGCAGCUGGUGGAUGCCCAUCGGCAGGUGGCAGCUCUGCAGCAAGGCGCCACGCGGGAGGCCCCAGCAGGCGAGCGGGAUGAGAGGGAGCCCAAGGAGCCGGCGCAGAAGCUUCCCUGGAAGCGGCUCUCCAACGGCUCCGUUCACCCUGACGACGAGGCAGGGCGGGUGGUGGAGCUGCAGGAGCUCCUGGAGAAGCAGAAUUUCGAAGUGGUCCAAGCCAAGGAGCGCAUCUCCGCCCUGGCUGCCAGCGUCGCGGAGCUGGAGGAGGAUCUGGGCACCGCCAGGAAGGAUCUGAUCAAGUCAGAGGAGAUGAGCAGCAAGUACCAGCGGGACCUCCGAGAGGCUCUGGCUCAGAAGGAGGACAUGGAAGAGAGGAUCACCACGCUGGAGAAACGCUACCUAGCAGCCCAGCGAGAAGCUACCUCCAUCCACGACCUCAACGACAAGCUGGAAAGCGAACUGGCCAACAAGGAGUCCCUGCACCGCCAGUGCGAGGAGAAAGCCCGGCACCUGCAGGAGCUGCUGGAGCUGGCGGAGCAGAAGCUGCAGCAGACGAUGCGGAAAGCAGAGACGCUGCCCGAGGUGGAAGCGGAGCUGGCCCAGCGCAUCGCAGCGCUCAGCAAGGCAGAAGAGAGGCAUGGGAGCAUCGAGGAGCACCUGCGGCAGCUGGAGAGCCAGCUGGAAGAGAAGAAUCAGGAGCUGGCCAGGGCCCGCCAGCGGGAGAAGAUGAACGAGGAGCACAACAAGCGGCUCUCGGACACCGUGGACCGGCUGCUGAGCGAGUCGAACGAGCGGCUGCAGCUGCACCUCAAGGAGAGGAUGGCAGCCUUGGAGGAGAAGAACACAUUGUUACAAGAGCUGGAAAAUACCCAAAAGCAGAUAGAGGAACACCAGCACGACAAGCGCCGGCUGUCAGACGAGAUCGACAAACUGCGGCUGGAGGUCGAUCAGCUCAAAACCAGGAGCGGGACGUUCGUGGAGAGCGUGCACACGAGGUCCCACAUGGGCAGUGCCACGGACCUGCGCUUCCCACUCAGCGCUGUGGUCCAUGCCCCCGCUGAGCCCUUUGGGACGGCCCCAGGCCUGCCUCGGGCACAGAAAGGGCGAUUUGCCGCCCGGCGAGAGGAGCCGGCCAAGGACUGGGAGCAAGCCCAGGCAGGCAGCGUCCUGGCCACGGGGCCUCACGCCUUCGACAGCGACCCUGAGAUCUCCGACGUGGAUGAGGAUGACCGUGAGACGCUCUUCAGCUCCAUGGACGUGCUCUCCCCUGGUGGGCACUCGGAUGCUCAGACCUUGGCUAUGAUGCUCCAGGAGCAGCUGGAUGCCAUCAACGAGGAGAUCAGGAUGAUCCAAGAGGAGAAGGAGUCCACCGAGCUCCGUGCGGAGGAGCUGGAGACGCGCGUGACCAGCGGCAGCAUGGAGGGCCUCAACCUCACCCAGCUGUGCAAGAGGGCCUCCAUCCCCACCUCGCUGACGGCCCUGUCCCUGGCCAGCUCGUCCCCACCGCUCAGUGGCCGCUCCACCCCAAAGCUGACCUCCCGAAGCGCCGCUCAGGACCUCGACCGCAUGGGGAUCAUGACGCUGCCCAGUGACUUGAGGAAGCACCGGAGGAAACUGCUAUCACCCGCAGCUCGGGAUGAAAGCCGAGAGGACAAAACCACCAUCAAAUGCGAGACUUCCCCCCCGUCCUCGCCCAGGACGUUGCGGCUGGAGAAGCUGGGCCACCCCGCGCUGAGUCAGGAGGACGGGAAGAGCUCCCUGGAAGAGCAGGCCAGCAACCCCAGCAGCAACAGCAGCCAGGACUCCUUGCACAAGGGCUCCAAGAGGAAGGGGAUCAAAUCUUCCAUCGGGCGCUUGUUUGGGAAAAAAGAGAAGGGCCGCUUGAUCCAGCUGAGCAGAGAAGGGGCCACAGGGCAGGUGCUGCUGACCGACACCGAGGUGGGCAUCCAGGACCCUCUGGGCCUCGGCAAGCUGGGUGCUCAGGCUGAGAAGGAUCGUCGCCUGCGGAAAAAGCACGAACUCCUGGAAGAGGCUCGGAGGAAAGGAUUGCCCUUUGCCCACUGGGAUGGCCCCACUGUUGUCUCCUGGCUGGAGCUCUGGGUGGGAAUGCCAGCCUGGUACGUCGCCGCUUGCCGAGCCAACGUGAAGAGCGGAGCCAUCAUGUCAGCCCUGUCCGACACCGAGAUCCAGAGGGAGAUCGGCAUCAGCAACGCGCUGCACCGCCUGAAGCUGCGCCUGGCCAUCCAGGAGAUGGUUUCGCUCACGAGCCCCUCGGCACCUCCCACCUCACGGACAUCCUCUGGAAACGUCUGGGUCACCCACGAGGAGAUGGAGAACAUGGCCACGUCCACCAAGACGGACACAGAGGAAGGCAGCUGGGCACAGACGCUGGCCUAUGGGGACAUGAACCAUGAGUGGAUUGGGAACGAGUGGCUGCCCAGCCUGGGCCUCCCGCAGUAUCGCAGCUACUUCAUGGAGUGUCUCGUCGAUGCACGGAUGCUGGACCACCUCACCAAGAAAGAUCUCAGAGUGCACCUGAAGAUGGUGGACAGCUUCCACCGCACCAGCCUGCAGUACGGCAUCAUGUGCCUGAAGAGGCUCAACUACGACCGCAAAGAGCUCGAGAGGAGGCGAGAAGAGACCCAGCACGAAAUCAAAGACGUGUUGGUGUGGACCAACGACCAGGUCAUCCACUGGAUCCAGUCCAUCGGGCUUCGCGAGUACGCGAACAACCUCGUUGAGAGCGGGGUGCACGGGGCGCUGCUGGCCCUCGACGAAAACUUCGACCACAACAGCCUGGCGCUCGUCUUGCAAAUCCCCACGCAGAACACGCAGGCUCGACAAGUGCUGGAGAGGGAGUUCAACAAUCUGCUUGCAUUGGGCACAGAUCGGAGGCUGGAUGAUGGCGACGACAAAACCUUCCGUCGAACCCCGUCCUGGCGAAAGCGCUUCCGCCCACGAGAUGUUCACAGCAUCAACAUGCUCAGUGGCUCGGCCGAGACGCUGCCCGCCGGCUUCCGUGUCACCAGCCUGGUGCCCCUGCCACCCCCAUCCGCCCCUGCCAAGAAAAUGCCCCCAGAAGUUGGUGCCUCUGGGUCGCCACGGCUGGAGACCUCCACGGUCCGGACGUACUCCUGCUGAGGGUCAGCGUGACGGGAACCAGCCCGGCCCUGGCACGUCCCCACUAUCCGUUCAGCCACGUGCUGGCUGCCUUUCAGGACAAAGCCAGAGCCCAGCCUGCGCCUGUUCCUCGGCCCAAACCAACAGAUGCCGCAGUGCUCCUGCCAUGGACCGAAAAGGAUGCUCUCCCUUCUGCUUGUGCACCCCGCUGCUUCCCCCGGCUCCCCGUGCCUCCCACCCGUGGCUUUUCUGCCCACCCCACGCUGCACCAGCCAGGCUAGAGGUGCACUCGCUGGGUGCCAGCUCCAUCGCUGGUGGAAGUGUGCUGCAACCCAUUCGGAGAUGCCCCAAAAGCGGGCUGCGAUAUUUGGGAACGUUUCUCCUGCCUGGUUCACAUUGCCAAUAUGCCACAGGCUGCUGCACCGGCACACCGGAGCUCCUCCAGGCAUCAAGGACACUGCUGCCCACAGGACUCGAAGCCGGGGAGGAUUCAGGCUCGUCUUGGUGCGAAAAUCCUGACGCUGGGGUGAAUGGGCAAGGAGCUGCCCCCGGGACAGGACACAGGGGCUGAGGCCAGUGCCAGGGUGGGCGCCGCGCAGGAUGGGGCAGGGACCGGCUGUCGUGGGGGCGAGGAGCGGGCAGUUGGGGCAUUUUGGGGUGCUCACAUGGCAGCUCUGCCAAGGGCUGCGUGGGGAAGGGCUGGACCACCCCAUCCGGCUCGCUGCCAGCCAGGACGGUGCCAGGACCGUCCCUGGGGACCGGGGAGACGCGACGAGGGCACCCGGCACCCCGGGACGUGCCCAUCCCUUCCCUUCCAGGUGCAGAGGAGAUGCUCUCCCCUCCUGCCCCCAGGCUACGGGCAGGGAUCGAUCCAGGAGGCUCUCAGCUCUUCCCAUUUCUCCCCCGUAGGGUAGGAUCUCUUCGUCUCCUCAUGCCACGUUUGCCUUGUGUGGCCCCUAUUUCUGAUGUGAUAUUUAUUGAUGGCUGGAAUGACCUAUACUUAUCAUGUGCUGUCUGGAAGUGCAAUAUCUGAGAGGCUAUACAGUCACGAUGUCUUUUCGGUGUAUUAUUUGCCUAAUACAGUAUUAAAUAUUUUUUUAAUUUGAAGAGUCGGUGAGCCCUUUAUAUCGAUGCCCUAUUUCUUUCGUCAUAUUAUUGGUACUGCAUGGACUCCAAACCCUGAAUUGGGUCAGGAAAGGAUGUAUGUGUGUUCCAAUAAACAGGAUUUUAAAGCA